UGGUGACAGCAGUAUCGAGUGCGCUCUUGUUCAGUUAAGAUGUUUUCGAUGCGAUUUAAUUUGUUUGUUAUUUUGUCUUUCUCUGUUGUGAUCGGCAUAUCAACGGAGCAGUAUAAAAUAGUUGAAACUCAAAAUGGCCCAGUUCGCGGAGUUUUAGAAACAACGAUAUUAAAAAAAGUAUCGUAUUACUCUUUCAAAGGGAUUCCAUUUGCAAAACCGCCUAUUGGAGAUUUGAGAUUAAAGGCUCCAGAACAAGUUGAAUCAUGGAAUAAUGUAUUGGAUGCAUUUGAGUAUGGCAAAAUCUGCAUACAACCCGGCAAACUGUUUCCAGAACCAUACCUACAAAGCGAAGACUGUUUAAAAUUGAACAUUUUUAUUCCAGCUGACGUGAAACCAAAUGAGAGCUUGGCUGUGCUAUUUUUUAUUUAUGGUGGUGGAUAUGCUGAAGGCUCAAGCAAUGACUAUAUUUAUGGGCCCGAUUUCAUUGUGGAACAGCAAACCAUUUUGGUUACAAUAAACUAUCGACUUGGAUUGUUGGGAUUUUUAUCGCUCGAUACGCCAGAACAUUCAGGUAACAUGGGUUUAAAGGAUCAACAAUUGGCAUUGAAGUGGAUCCAUUCGAACAUCGAUCGAUUUGGCGGCGAUAGCAAACGAAUCACAAUCUUCGGCGAAAGUGCAGGAGGUGCGUCGGUUCACUUCCACAUUUUAUCGGCUGAAUCUCGCAAAUAUUUCCGCAAUGCGAUUCCAAUGAGCGGAGUGAUCGACAACUAUUGGGCAAUGUCCGAAAAGAAUGAUCAUGUGGAGCUCGCUUACAAGAUAGCCAAAGAUUUUGGUGAACCAAAGGACACUUAUGAUGAAUUAGUAAAUUUUUUGAUGUCAGCUCCAGCGGAUAAGCUCAGUGAAUAUAGUCUAUUAGUUGUGCCGAAUAUUUUGUUCGAAAUCGCGUUCACUCCAGUCAUUGAGAGAAGAGAUGCAAAGCAGUCCUUUAUUGUUGAGUCACCAGAGAAAAUCUACGAAACGACAGAUAUUGAUGUUGAUACGAUGUUCUCAAUGACUUCUUUGGAAACAGUUGGAUAUAUUUCUAUGUUUCCACCGUUAAAUGAUUUACUUGCCAAUUUCGAUGUGCCACUACCAUUUAGGGGACUUAAGAUUCCAUUAGAUUCAAAUGAGCAUGGUCAUUUAGUGGAUGAAAUUCGGAAUUUUUACUUUGGAGACAAUGUAAAGAGUGCCCAAGUAGUAAAAAAAUACGUUGAGCUAUUGUCCGAUGUAAAUUUUGGUUAUGGAAUUUAUAAAGCGGUGAGAACCUUCGCGUCCAAAUCGACCGGCAAAACAUAUUAUUACUGGUUUUCGGUUGAUUCGAAAUUAAGCACAUUCAUACCUAGAAGUGCUGAUGUAGCCAAUAUCACUGGUGCUUCUCAUGGCGACGAUUUGUUUUAUCUUUUUCGAUGCGAAAUGGCUCGGACUCUUUACGAUGAAAUCGUAAACAGCAAAGAUGACGAAAAAUCGAAAGUCAGCAUCCGAGCCAUUGAAAGUAUCAGCAAAAUUGUUACGAAUUUCGCCAAAUAUGGUGAACCAUCCCACGAAGGUGAUCCAGUCGAUGAAUUUCAACCGGUUCGAAAUGAGAAAAUUCAAGUCAUUGAUAUAAACAAUGAGGGUGUCACAAUCAAAUCAAGGCCAAAUCAAAAGGCGUUCGACUUCUGGGCGACCAUUGAAAAGAAGGCUGUGAAGUUAUCCGAGCUUAUACUUAAACAAAAUAAAGACGAGUUAUAAAAUAUAAAAAAAGUUAGAACCCAUAGCUAAACACCAUGUGGUGUUGCAAAUUCUAUUCACAUCAAUAAUAGAUAAAACUUUUAUUUUAAAGAACUUUCGAAUCAUGUGACUAAAGUUUAAAAAAAAACACAAACAAGUGAAAAUAAAUUUUCGACAUUUGAAUGAAGCAAAAUGAACCAGCUGGCCAAAUAUCAAGCUUUCGACUUAUAAAUAUGGCACGAUCAAUUCAAAAUAUCAAUAUAUUGAUAACAUUCCUUAAAAUUCUGUUUUUAUGUUCAGUGAUUUUAUCACACUGAAACGAAAUUCAAUGUGAAAAACAUAACAAAAUGGAGUACACGUUAAAUGAAGUUCUUUUUACUCAAACAUUACAAUCUAAUAUGAUAAAUCAUGGUAAAUUGUUGAAAGUUCCUUUGAUGUUUUUCCUUAAAAAAAUUUAGUUCCAAUAAAAAAAAUGCAAUGAAAAGAUUUGAUGAAUUCAAA